UGCUUCCACCUUGCUGUACCUUUGGACAAAGAUAACAAAUUGUUUUGAUAUACUCAAGGAGACAACGACAAUAAACAUAACAUCGACGAAAUCGUGCAAGGUUCAUUGUGUGUUUGUGUUGCUUGCCAAGUAACGUAAUAUGAAAUAUUACGUUUUCUUUUUUGUUUGUUUAUUUAUUCACAAUUCGCGUGGACUGCACGUAAAAGGUACCUGGAACACAAAAGAAUAUUUCAAAUUCCUAGUGAAAUAUGGCAUUCAGAAAACCGAUAUGCAUAACCAAAGAGACACUUCAGGUUAUAUAUUUGGGAACAUUACUUCAAAAAAUAAUUUUUCUAACCCGGUGACGUUAGCUGUACUUGACAGAAACUACUUUUUAGAAUAUUAUGGAAACAGAUCAAUUGAAAAUAAAGAUGUAGCUUGUACUAGGAUGUUUAAUAAAAUUAAUAAAUCAGCCUUCGAUUCUGUGUGCAAUAACGACGGAAAGAAUGAUUUUCUCCGGAAAGUACCUUGUCCGGAAAACAGCUUGUGUAAGGAUGAAGAUGCACCGUGGAAUGUCAUAAAAGGAAAUCAGCUGACGUUCGUUAUAGAGGAUCUCAAACAGCCAAGAUUUUGGUACAUCAGUCUAGUUGCAUGCUAUCGUAAUUUGACAACUUGUACCUGGCAUCACUUUCCAGAAGAAACUGAACUGGAAUACGACUUAUGGCUUGUCAAUGGAAAUCCCAAUGUCACUGGAUUUACUUCCCUGGUGUACCAGUUCUCUUUUGACAAACAGGGAACAGUGGAGCUGUAUCUAGCAUUCUUUCUCUGCUAUAUGGUGCUUGUACCACUGCAGUUGUAUGCAGCAGUUAGACAGAGUCAUCCUGUCACCAGACUGUUCACUGUCAGUCUCCUGCUGGAGUUUUUGGGUCUCGGAUUUAUACUGCUUCAUAUAAUCAAGUUCUCACUCGAUGGCGUGGGUGUCCAGGAAUUAUCCAUAGCUGGAGACAUUUUUGAUAUAUUGUCGCGGACUAUCUUCAUGCUGUUGCUGCUGCUGCUUGCAAAAGGAUGGGCAAUUACAAGACAAGAAUUUACAUGGAAGCCUCUUGUCUUUGGAAUAUGGUUCUUAUAUGGAAUAGUACAUGUACUGCUGUAUGUGUGGAAUAUGACUGAAGUUGACAUUAUUGAAGAUAUUGACCAGUACCAGACCUGGCCUGGGUGGCUCAUUAUUGUGUUCAGAAGUCUUAUUAUGAUAUGGUUCCUUUUUGAAUUGAGGAGCACAAUGAGAUAUGAGCACAACAUCCAGAAACUUAAUUUUUUCCUUCACUUUGGAGCUUCAGCUCUUGUCUGGUUUAUAUAUUUACCAGUUGUUGCAUUAAUUGCACUGCAAGUCUCAACACUUUGGAGAUUUAAAUUGCUUCUGGGUAUCACAUACUCAGCAGAUUGCCUUGCUUUCUGUGUGAUGACACAUUUGUUGUGGCCCACACGUAGUGAGCAAUAUUUCUUAUUGGCUGAAGAUGUGGAUUUGACUGAUGAAUUAGAGGAAUUCAAUGAAGCACCUCACAUUAUCAACAGCACAAAAGUGCUCGGCCAGCACCUUCUGCCACAGCUUGAUAAGCAGACUGACCAUGCAAAGGUCAUUGCAUGAAAUUUUGUGUACAGAUAUUGAAAUGUGAUUUUUAUAUUUAUUUACAAUGUUUUUAAACAUUUUGUAAAGAGCGGGAGUACAGGUGGUUAACAGUGUCUGUAAAAAUUUACUGUUGACUUUAUUUCGGAAAUCUUGGUUUUGCUCUUCAGUGUAGGAUUGACCAUAAUGAUAACACUAGACUUUAAUUCAGAAGCAUGUAGGUAAGAAUAAGCGGAAUGAGAAAUAGUUAAAACUGCAUUUCAGGAAAAAGCUUAUAGUAGGGAAAUUCUGCAAUAGUUUAUAGAAUCAAGCUUUGGGAUUGAUUCCGGUAUGUUGCUGGAUUUUACCUGAAGUAGGGAAAAAAUAUUAGGAGAGACUUAGUCUGCAGAUUACCUCAAUGCUUGCUUUGUUAACAAUUAUUCAUUUUUCACAGACUUUAAAACAAAUUUUGUCUUGUCCAUCAUGCCUAUAGGAAUGAUUUAUACAACGAACAAAGAAAACUUGGAUGUACAGAUUUAUAAAGAAAUGUGUAGUAUUAGUAUAAGCCUCUGUUUUCUUUGUUUCUAUUGUGAGUGAAGCUUAGAAUAGCUUACACAAAAGCAUCUUUUCAGUGCUGUCAAUCCCUAACAUAUUCCAU